GACUGUCGGCCAACGUAAUUUCCUACAGGGACAACGUUAAAACGCAUAGUGAGAAGUUCUGUAACUCUGCUCUCCUGGGAGCAGGAAACGAACAGAAGCCCGAGGCUCUGAGCAAUGGACACACGAUUAUCACAUCUUAACUGUCCUAACGUGCGCCUCGGCACCGGGAUGGGUGUCCGAAAGGAACCAAGGAGGAGCGCCCCUCUUCCGUUUAGCGGAUGACACCUCCCUCCAUUUUAAAUCCGGCUCUGAUGUAAGUCAUCCAGCAUUAAGGAACAAAUGCUGCCCGGGGGAGUACGGGGCUGUGUCCCACAUGCAAGCCUUCCCCGGGGCAGCAGCCCGGUACACGCGGCACGAGGGCUGCAGCGGCAUUAGGCUGCCCAGAAACCCCCCAAAACCCCAGAACCGCAGCGCGUUGGGUACGGAGGGGCUCCCGAGCUGCACCCGCGCUCCCGUGCGCGCAGCACGAGCAUGACCAAGUAUGGCCACCGACCGGCGGGAUGCGCGCAGCGCGGGGCUGCUGCUGCCCGCUGCGGGCUCCGCGAGGCGGGUAACGGGCACGGGCGGUACCUCCCGGCCGGCAGCGCACGGCGCGGGCUGCCGGUGACACCUGUCACAGCUGCCGGCUGCAACGGAUCGAACGCGUCCGUAGCGCAGCUCGGACACCGAGCCGCCAGUUUUGCGCCUACAGAUUCUUUUCUUUCUCUACUGACAUCAACAACGAGAAAACGCAUCCCCUCUCGCCCUGCCCGGGAGGCGCUCCCAGCCCCGCAGCCCAGCAGCACGGCUGCGAGCACCACGCGCGCGGCCGCAGCCCGGCGUCGGGCGACGGCUGCCGGGCGGCGGGGACGGCCCGCCCGGGGGAAACGAGGCGCUCCGGUCCGCACCUGAAGUCCUUGUCGGUGGAGGUCAUCUUCUCCAGCAAGCUGGAGAUAUGGUUUCCGUCAUUAACACCGUGGACACCUCUCACGAGGACAUGAUACACGAUGCGCAGAUGGAUUACUAUGGCACUCGGCUAGCGACCUGUUCUUCAGACAGAUCUGUGAAAAUCUUUGAUGUUCGGAAUGGAGGGCAGAUCCUCAUUGCGGACCUAAGAGGGCAUGAAGGUCCAGUGUGGCAAGUUGCCUGGGCUCAUCCUAUGUACGGAAACAUCUUGGCUUCCUGCUCCUAUGACAGGAAGGUUAUUAUCUGGAAGGAAGAAAAUGGCACUUGGGAAAAGACCUAUGAGUACACAGGGCAUGAUUCCUCAGUGAAUUCUGUCUGCUGGGCACCACACGACUACGGACUGAUACUGGCCUGCGGGAGCUCUGAUGGUGCAAUUUCAUUACUGAGCUACACUGGUGACGGGCAGUGGGAAGUCAAAAAGAUCAGCAAUGCACAUACUAUUGGAUGUAAUGCAGUUAGCUGGGCUCCUGCUGUUGUACCAGGCAGCCUUAUAGAGCAACCAUCUGGUCAAAAACCAAACUACAUCAAAAGAUUUGCAUCUGGUGGUUGUGACAACCUUGUCAAGAUCUGGAAAGAAGAAGAUGGUCAGUGGAAAGAAGAGCAGAAGCUGGAGGCACACAGUGACUGGGUUCGAGAUGUAGCCUGGGCUCCAUCCAUAGGCUUGCCAACAAGUACCAUUGCUAGCUGUUCACAGGAUGGCAGAGUGUUUAUCUGGACAUGCGAUGAUGCCUCUGGAAGUUCAUGGUCACCAAAAUUGCUGCACAAGUUCAAUGAUGUUGUCUGGCAUGUGAGUUGGUCCAUUACUGCAAAUAUACUUGCAGUGUCUGGAGGAGACAAUAAAGUCACACUGUGGAAGGAAUCGGUAGAUGGGCUGUGGGCAUGCAUCAGCGAUGUCAACAAGGGCCAAGGAGGAGUGUCUGCCGUUCCAGAAGGGCAGCAGAAUGAGCAGUGAUGCGGGACUGACCAGCCCAGCUGCUGGAAGCGAUCACUAUACCUGAUUUGCAAUGUUUCUUGAAUCAGAUGAGAACUGGUUUUAUCCAAACUGGACGUGAACAUGGGGAAAUAACUAUCCAAUUUUAUGAGCACUCUUAACCAAUACUUGGAGGCUACUAUGUGUUGAUAAUCAGCCUUAAUUGACAUUCCCUUAAAUUAAAGAUGAAGAGAGGAGCAAAGUACUGUGCCUUGUGCUACUCCCUGAUACUGUAAAAAUUGUAACCUGCCUUCUGGUUUAGGAGUCAGAUUUAAUUGGAUACACUUCAAGCAUGCGAGCAGGAACAGGAGGAGGCAGGCAAUGAAAGUGCUCAUGUGUGAACCCAUCUGUGUAAGGGGCAAAUACUCUGCCACUCAAAGGCCAAAACUAUUUCAAGUGACAGGGUGGGCUGGUGGAGUUAGCAGUAGACAGCAUUCUGGUGGUACUGAAAUGGUGCUUGGGUUUCCCUGAAAGUAAUGUGCUCAGAUACAUGAAAAUCUCCAUGCAUUCCCAAAGAUGAAAAAGAGUAGCAGAACGCAUAUGUAUUUUGCUUUACAGUAAUCUCAAACUUGUUUAUUUAACAAACAUCAACAAAUGAAAAUACAAUUUGAAGACUUUUUUUUAGCCACAAUUCUAUACUGUACCUCAGGUUUUUGUUUAGACAACAAAAUAAAGUCUUAUUGGUUAAA